AUCCACUGCGCAGCUGUGCUCGGGCUCCUGUCACUGCGUCUAGCAACCAGGUCUGAGUGGCGCCCCCUCUACCAGUCCCCUACAACCCCCUCCCAAAAACAACACCAGCAAAACAAAUGCGACCAUGUACAGUGUGGAUGACCUGCUCAUCUCGCAUGGAUACAAACUGCCCCAAAACACUUCUACCGCCCCUCCUGCUGCCUCCCCCACGCCCCCGUCCUCUUACGAUAACAAGCGUUACGGUGACCCGUCCUCCUGCCGCCAGGAAAUCUUAGAGAGCCGGUCCAGUGGUGGUCAUGGAACAGUGAAUGGGUAUGAGCUACAGUCUGGGCCAGGGGUCUAUGUGUACAGCAACAGCACCAGCAGGCAGCCCCAGCCACCAGCCCCAACCAAAGGCGGGAGGGACAGGAACAGCCAACCACAGAAGAGGGAAGCCGAAAGCGGUAACCAAGGUGACGCGCAUUCCUUGGGCGAUUCUCUCACGACAGAUAGCGGGUUCGAUGAGGGGCCCAGAGGGGUGUAUUAUCAUCCUAGGGGCCCCAGAGACGUGUCCUACUGGAGGAGGAGGGGCCAGGACUUCAGCGUUCUCCUGGACUACGCUGACUUCAGAGAGCCCAGAGGAGGUGGUAACAAUAGCAGGACAGAGGGGGUGCAGCAGCAGCAGAGACAGGAGGUGCCCCCAGAGGACUGCCAGCAGCGUGAGAGGCAGUGUUGGGCAGCUCAGUCCCAAGCUCAGGCCCGCUCCAGGCAGAGAGAGGCAGCACUGCAGCAGUGGAGGAUGACCACCGUGGAGAGGAAGUGUCAGAGCCUGGGCACGGAUGAGUGGCGGCCCACCGUGGUGAGCUUCGCGUGCCAGCUUUCAGACAGCGAGGGCGAGACGUGGUCUCAGGCUCAGGAGCAGUAUCUGCAGCAGCGCCACCUCCGCAUACCGGAUGGCGCUGUGGUUGGAAUGGGGCCCAGGAGCGAAGGGAAGGCCCAGUCUCUGCCCCGGAUGCUGCAACCGGACAGCCUGCAGUAUGUGGACAUGUCUGGGUCUAUUUGGUCUGGGCCUGGGCAGGACGUGUAUAGGAGGGUCAACGGCCACCCAGGGUCUCAUCACGACCCUUACAGCAGAUAUAACCAUGACCAGGCCGGGGCAGGAAACAGGGACAGGUGGCCUGAGAACGACAGCAGACCCUCCAGUCAGGUUAGUAUGGCUAGCCAGGUCAGCAAAGUGAGUCAGGCUUCUCAAGUACCAAAGGUCCGGUUCAGCCGUCCCCUGCGACCUCCGUCCUACGAGGUGCACCAGCAGACCCGGGGGAGCUCUGAAACGCUGUCAGGAGACCCAGCAGCAGCAUCAACCCCCCAGCCCCAGGCCAGGGACAGAACCCCCCUUCCUCACCCAAGGAUAGGUGACCCCAAUCUGGACUAUUGUACACAUGAUGGAGGGUCUGGCACGGAGCCUCCGGGGUAUAUCCCUCCCCCAUCGUAUCCCCCCAAGAGAGCUCCUCGACCUAUGAGAGGGGGCCAUGGAGGUCACAGGGGCUAUGGAGAGGUUCCUGUCAACUACAGGUACCACCAGUUGUACCAGCAGCAGCAGAAGCAGCAGAUGCGUGGGACCCCAGACCCCUGGUUCGGUAGCAGACACACCGGUGGCGGAGGUUCCUGGCCGGAGCCUCACAGAGAGAGGAGUGUGCCCCACAGAAAGAUGCACUACCCUGGCUACAGCAAGCAGCAGCACCAGCCGGGCCUGGGUCCUGGCGUCCAGUACAUCCCCUUUGACGACCCACGCGUCCGACAUGUCUCCGGGGGAGGAAACUCGUCUCUAGGCGGCGGAGGUAACUCCAUGACGGACGCCGACAAGAUCCGCCACAUCCGUAACUUCACAUCCUCCGAGCUUCCCAGUGUCACCGUGUCAGACCACUCGUCUGAUGACAGUGCCUUUUUGUCCUCCACCUCCAAGGGGGCGCUGCCGCCACUUGCAAGCACGCCAGACUUGGCUAGUCUCAUGCCGCUGAGGUCUGCUAGCGACUAUGACAAUGACAAUAACAGGUGGCAGCAACAACAGCAGCACUGUGAUUUGCACAAAGAGACUGGCUCACUAGAUAACUUCCCAGCUGCAACUUCCCAAAACUGUAACAGGUAUAAUCAUAAACCAAACCAAGGUGGUCCCUCUGCCUUCCAGCCACCGGCUCCGGCUCCGUCGGUGCGUCACAGCUCCAGCUCAGACCAGGGCUUCUCGGAAACAACCAUCACACAGGUGAAGAAGAUAGUUCCAGGAGACUCAGGGGUAGACAACAACAACAGAAACUCUAAGAAGAAGUCUCACAGUGAGACCAUAUUCUGCCUGGUGUCUAUCCCCAUCCACAUGCAACAAACCAAUAAAGACUCAGCAGCAGACCAGAACAAUAACGAGAAGAUGCCUGCCAGUCUGCCAAGUAUUCUGCCUAUCGUGAGCGUCAUCGCCACAGAAGACAACCAAAACACUGUGGUCCAAUCCAAAUCCGAGAAUAGCCAAAGCCUCUGUAGCAAGUCGUUAUCAGACAUGGGUCUCAAACCCCCCUCCCACACCAGCAGCUUCACCUCAAUGAGAAGUACCAGGAAGGGUCCUCUGAGGAAGGAGAUAGUAGACACCUGGUCACUCCAGGCCAGUGCUGACAAGGAGCUGUGCUACGCCGGCUCCUGGCCCGGGGAUCAAUACAGGAACCAAGAGACCCAGACCAGCUCACCCGUGGUGGUGAAGGAUCCUGGGGGUACAGGGGGGACAGGUCAGCCUCAGAGUCCCCCUGGAGGACAGGGUCAGGGAGGACAGCCGGGGCAGGAGACAGGCCACCCGGCCUCCGACACCACCAUGGACAGCGGUGUGGGCACAGACUGCAGCUCCGGCUCCUACGGUGUGGACUAUCCAAUGAAGGGCCAGAAGAACCUCCACCCGUCCUGCAACAGCGCCUUCUCCCGUCUCAGUAUCAGCCCGGUCCAGUCCCUGUCACUCCCACCCCAGCCUCCACCCUCUGGGCCUGGGGACGGGAGAGACCAACAGACCUCCACAUCCAGGAAGACUGGUACUACCACCACCACCUCCAACACCACCAAACCCCCAGUCAAUGCCAGCGCUAACAGCCAGGGCCAGGUGGCGUUCGGCCAGUUCCUGCUUAAGCCGGUGAGCCGCCGGCCGUGGGACGCCAUCGAGGAGCUGGAGAGUUUCAACAAGGCCGCAGGCGUAGAUCUAGACCAGGUCCAGAAGAAACAGAAGGUCCAGCCCAGGAGACCCAGUGUGGACCAGUGUAUAGACGACCUGGACGAGGUCUACAGGAACAUCAUGGAGCUGAGCGGAGAAGACACACAACAACAACAACAUCAGCACAUAGCCUCUCCGCAUCUGGAUCCUGAGAGGGAGACGGUUAGCCUUCCAGACCAGCGCCUGAAUAACAAACCCAACAUCAACAUCCCUACCAUCAGGCCAAGGCUAGACAGCUGGGGCCCUGGCUCUACCAUAGACCCAGACUACAGGGAGGUGAGGAGUGCCUUCUCCAGGCCCCAGCCCCAGAGCAGGACUAGCAUCCUCAGACUGAAGAGAGAGGAUAUGGUUCCCACUGCCACCCUAACAGAGCCCACUGGCUUCAGAGACUACAACUCCCACAAUGCACAUGGUGACCCCAGGGUAACCUAUGACUCCAGACUGACCUACAGGCAGGACCAGGAGCAGGACAUCCCCGUCGCCAAGGAGUCUCUACUGAGGGACGUGGGGCUCACCGUUUACACAGAGGCCCCUGGAGGCCCCGUAGAGCAGGGCCAGCACUGUGGCCCCCCAUUCACACUGAUCACACCAUUAGACCACAAGGAACUAUGUCAGAAUGUACAGCUAUCAAGGGAGAGCAGAGACAGAGCAUUUUUAACCAAGAACAACCAGGUUGAGGUUGUGGACAUCAGUGAUGGCAAUAAUAAGGAAGAGCUUGGCUCCACUAAAGUAGUGGAGGGGGGGAGGAAGGUAAAGAUGGAUAACGUGCCCAUCGUGCCACCCAGAUUUAGGGGGCAUGAGCCCAAUCUGAACAUCCGCAGGACCCGGAGUGAGAACAGCAGGUCGCCCAGAGGGGAAGGGUCGCAGGGGAUGCCACACACCGGCAGAUUGACCAGGGAGGCAGCGUUUGCGUUCAAGGAUGAUGACUACAGAUACAGUGACAGCUCCGAUCCUCUGAGUUGGCGUAACGAGGCUACGUUGGCAGAUAUACACCUGGAGACCCUGCUGAUCAAAGAGAAGGCAAACACCAUGCCCACAGAGGACCUGAGUAAUCUAUAUGAGGUGAAGUGUGCCAAGGGGAUCCCUGAGAACGAGACAAUGGAACAGAGAGCAGCCAGGAUAUUGGGGAUAGACGUAGCCCCGGAUUCACUGCAAGGGAUGGUCCAGCAGAGAGAGGAGGAGAAGAGAGAGGAGGAGCAGAGAGAGGAGGAGGCGUCACUGCAGGGGGUCGUAGAGGAGAGAGAGGACAACAGGCAGGAGUACAGAGAGGAUGAGGGAGAAACUGUCAAAGGUGAAACACAGGAGCACAGAGACAACACAGAGAUUGAGAGCGAGACCCAGGAACUCAGUCCAGAAGGAGCACAUGCUGUGGAAUCACUGGGCGUGGUUGAACAGAAAGAGGAGGAGCACAGAGACAACCCAGAGAAUGAGGACAAAACUCUAAUAGGAGAAACACUGGAGCACAGUCCAGACGAAGACAGAGAUACACAGCAUGUGAGAAGACAGUACGAGCAAGUGAUGAAGGUACAGGUAUCCAUGGUUACCUUGGGGGAGGAGACGACAGAAGAAGAGGAGACAGGAGGAGGACCCAGUAAGGAUGACAGCCUAUCAGUAUGUGAGGACAAACAUGAUGGAGGAGACAGAGAGAGCCAAAGCCACUCCUCCAUGGUGCUGGACCUGCCAGAGUUUCCCCCCAGCAGCCUCCCCUUGUCACUUCCUGUGACCCCAGACGAGGAGCUGGCCCUUAGCUUGCUGAGUGUGGGUGGAGGAGGGGAGAGGAAGGGGCACAUUGGUGGUGCCUCCCCCAGGCUCUCAUCCUCUACGUCGCCAGGCUGCACAGAGAGCAUGGCCCACAUGGAUGAGGUGUUCUCAGUCUCCUGCGUCCUUAUCAGGAGUUUAGACUCAGGAGAGGCAGAGGCAGAGCAGGAGAAAGAUGAAGGGAUGAGCCAGGCAGAGAAGAAGAGAGAGAGAGAAGAGAUGGAAGAGGACGAGUUGAGGAUAGAGUCAGAGCCAGAGGGGAAAGAGAUAGACAGGGCAGACAAGAGAGAAGAUGAUAGGAGAGUGUCCGGAGAGGAGAAAGAACUAGAGGAAGAGUUGAAAAUAGAGGAGAAAGAGCAAGAGUUGACAAUCAAGGUGGAGAAAGAGCUAAAGGUGAGAAUGGAGGAGGAGAAAAGGGAGAGUCAGGAGGAAGAGGAAAGAGAAGCGCAUGAGGAAGAGAAAGAGCCAGAGGUGAAAAGAGAGGAGGAGAGGAGUAAAAAGUCAGAUGAAGAACAGCAACAGGAGGUUCGGCCAGAGCUGGUGUCCAGGCCAGUGAAACCUCCUCUCCUCCCCAAGCCUGUCCCCAUGCCUCGCAGUGGCACGGUGGCCAAAAGAGAGAUCACCCUUCCCCUGAGCUUCAGUGUCUCUUCCUGUGGCUCCUCUACAACCUUAGAGGAUGACGAGCUGCUCUUAGAAUCCUAUGAUCCUAGUCGAGUGGAGAGAGUGUAGCCUCUGACCUCUAUGACAUCUGGGGAGAAUCGGCUUUGAUCACCACUCCGUCCACCCAUCCGUCCGUCAACUUUCCAGUCAAUGCCUUGGUUAAUGCCUUUAUAGUGCACUUAUUUUGACCAGAGCUCUAUGGGGACUGGUUAAAAGUAGUGCACUAUAUAGGGAAUAAGGACUAAACUUCAUCUCACUCAAUGACCCCCCCAACCACUGUGCCCCCCUUUUCACCAAUACAAGCAUUGUUUAAGCAACAGCAACAGUCCAUAAUAUGCCUGCCUGACUCUGAUCUGGUGCUCCAAUGGCCUUCCGACUGCCAAACAAGAGAACUACCGGGACUCAUCAGUCCUCUGGCCUUCAUCCUUGUACUCACACUCCUCUUCUUCCUCUUCACCAUCCUCCUCUCCUUCCAGACGCUUCCAGUCAUGAGCCAACCACUGUUGCUUAACGGGGUGAUCUUCCUAUCCUGUCCUGUCUGGUCUUUAUAGUGUACUACUUUUGACUAGGGCCCUUAGGGCUCUGGUCAAAAGUAGUACACUGUAUAGGGAAUAUGGUGCCAUUUGGAAUGCAGAUUUGGUUUUCUUGGAAUUGCAUGUCUGCCAUCGACUGUCUCCCAAUACAACAGCACUGUGGUUCCUAUGAAUGUAAAGAAAUGCUUAUGCUUUUCAAACACAAACAAAUACUUUAAGACGAAACCACAAUAAGACAAACGUCUCAUGUUACAAUCAGUGUUACCUACAUACACCAAAUGUAAAUAAUAAUAAUAAUAAUAGAGGUUUAAGGUUUUAUUCCAACAGACUUUUGUGAUGUUUGUUGCUGAAUUUUUUUAUAUUUUCUUACAUGUGUUGAAACUUACACUGAGUAUACGAAACAUUAAGAACAACUGCACUUUCCAUUAAAUAGACUGACCAGGUGAAUUCAGGUGAA